UACUAAGAUAUGAGAUAAGAAAAUGAUCUUUUAAUAUAAGCGAGUGGGGAAUUCAAACUUUGUAAUUCCCACUUUAUUGUAUUGGAAUUGAUCAAACCAUUAAUGAUAUGACCUGAAAGAACAUUUAGUCAUUCUUCAGUUAUACCAAAAUAAACAAACAAUUAGACAUUGUUUUUAUCAGUGCAUUACUGGUGUUUUUAGAUGCAUACAUGCACAUGGAAAUAAACUUAUGUAUAAUAUCAAGCAAAUUAAUCUUGUAGAGUGAAUCACUUUCGAAGAGAAUGAAAAUUAAUCAAUUGACUGCAAUUUGGCUUGGAGAGUAUACGACAGAUGAACCUGUAGAGCUCUAUAUGCCACUUUAAUUUAGUGCCUAUUUAUCCUCAUCUGGUGAUGUUACUGUGAUCACGUUCAUGUUAAAAUUGUCGUAGGAAAAACAUUCAAGCAAGAUGCAUGUAUUUCCCAUUCUAUUGGUUUUAAUAGCUAUAAUCCAAAUUGGAAGAAGUGCAGAUUGUAAAAAAGAAAUAAAAUGCCAAAUAAGCAGAGUUUUUGGAAUGCGUGCUGCAGACUGUUCGAAUAGGGUUUUUAGAAGUUUUCCACAAUGUUUAAGAGCGGAUAUUGAGGUUAUUGAUCUCGCCAUGAACCGUAUCAGAAGGUUGCGAUAUUCUGAUCUGAAAAGAUAUCGCCACCUCAAAGCUCUCUAUCUACAAGACAAUCUUUUGAGCACGAUUGCCGCAGAUACGUUUGAUGGUCUGGAUGACUUAACCGGAUUAGAUUUGUCGGGUGCUGUUACAAUCAAGAUUCCAGAAAAUAUUUUCCAUCUCCCAUCUCUUCAAACCCUUUAUUUGAGCAACCAAUUGUUUACUAACAUUGUCGAAGCUAUUGAGAAGACCAAACCGAUAACUAGUCCGUUAGCUCAUCUGGAUUUGAGCUAUUCAGAAUUGGAACGUUUGCCGAAUAUGGGGGUAUUACCGACUUUGUUGAAAUAUAAUGUUUCUGGUAAUAAUCUAACUGAACUGAGGGUUGAACAUUUUUCGGGCCUAUGUGGCCUCAACUAUCUAAUAAAUCAAAAUAUCAAUUUGAGUUUGUCGAAUCCAUGUGACUGUUGGAGUGUCAAUAACUGGUUAAAAAAUAAAGUUACAGAUUUUACACCAUUCGACUGUCAAUUGAAAGAAAACUUAUGUGAAAGCGUUCCUUUCAACAUUUCGGACAUAGUAACUCAUCAAGAUUGUCGGAUAAAGCUGAAGGAGAUUUCAACAAGAACGUUCAUGAGGAAGGUUCUUCUCCCCGCUGCAAUAGCUUUCAUUAUUAUCCUAGUGUGCGUAGUAUGCUAUUGUAGAAGAAGAAGACGCCUGAACAAACCACCCCAAUAUAGAAUUCCAGCAGAAGAAGAAAGUGUAAACAGUUUUCCUCUGAAGAAGUUUGAGAACAGCUAACUGUAUGAAUGUAGACGAAUGUAGACUAUUGCGUGAAAUUUUUUUAUUUUGCCACUUUUUUCCGGUUUGAGCACAACGUAUCGAUCACUUUUGUAUGAAAGAAACAUUUACAAUUUCAGAAGAAGAGUGUGUUGCGUUCUUUUGGUGCUGAGUCCUAUGUGAAAAUGUUACUAGAUGAUAGAGAUAUGUCGAAAUGCUUCUUACAAUUGUACACGAAUUGGUUGACAUUUUUAGGAUGAAAUUUAGAUAUCUUAAGGUACAUAUCGUUAUUCUCAAUAAUUAAGUUCCAAACGCAAUAUUUUGUUGAGUAUUAUUAAUUAUGAAUGAAUGAACUGAAAGAAGGCUAGUGAAAUAAAAUGUACUUUAGACACUUAAGAAAGAAAUAGACAGUUUUUAUUAAUUUUUCUGCAAAAAAUUGAAUAUCAUCCUUUCGUAAUAUUUUCAAUUCAGAGAUCAAAUAUUUAGCCUUGUGGAAAAUUAUCAUUCAAAUAUUCCUAAAUUUAUCGAUCAUAAUUUGAUAUUAGUAUGAACUGAUAUUUUCACAAAGUAUUUUCGCAUAUCUAUUAUUUAACAGUUUUUAGAUUCUGCUAUGACUAUUGUUGUUUUUAUUGUUAUUCUUGUUGACGUAAUUCAAGUGUCAGGUGGCACAGAUUUUUUUUUGAAAAUUGUACAAAUUUUCUAUUGAUCUCGAAAAUUUUUAUGUUAUAUAAUUUAAUACUAAUUAUAAAAAUUAUCUUCAAGAGUAUCAGCUAAACAUUUGUACAAAUACAUGAGUGAGGUUGUAUUUGUAGACUAGACAUUUUAAUUUAUAUUUUUUAUAUGUAACAAUAAAAUUUAUGACAUUCA